GCUGUUCGCGUCCAGUCCCUGUACGACAUCCCCACCGAGCACGUCGCCGUCUCUUACGUCGACAACGAAGGCGAUGAGGUGACGAUGAACACGCAGACUGAGCUCCAGGACUUCUAUGCCACCCAGUCCGGCCCCAACACCGUCCGCUUCGCCGUGCGCGACCUG